CUCACCUCCUUCCAAAUUGCAUCUUUGUUCCUUUUCAUCACACAGUUGCCAUUUGUUCAUAGUUUACAUCGCGCUUCACUUCAUUGUCAUUUUGUGUCCCCAACACAUCUUUCCUGUCAAUAAUUUUGUAUCAUAUAUGGCUAAUCAAUCGAAACAAGUUCCACCCUGAAGGUUAACCAGAAUCAAUGGCGACCAAGGAAGAAGGUUCAGGGCUCUCUGAUCUUCAGCUGGCCUGUACGGAUUUGAGGACUUUACUCAAAGCCUCUGCCAUGAUGGAACAGAAUCUGAAAAAGAUGGACAAGAAGUUUGAUGUCAUUGACGAAACACUAACUUCAGCGUCAAGAAGAGUAACUCCAUUGCAGUCCUUGUCCAUGGCCACCAAGGCCUUGGAAGCCAAAAUUAACCGAGCUGUCACUCCUGCGCUAGCUCUCCUCGACAACUUCAAGCGAUCAGAGUCUAUACAGACCAAGCUUAUCGACUUGUCGUCGAAGUUAUCAAACGAGAACGGCGUACACAAGAGGCUCAAGACGCUCAUCAAGUACGUGGAUUGUGUAGACCAGCUCAAGGCGGCGAUCAGCUCCAUAUGCGAAGAGGGCGAGCCGGUGAUCCAGAGGCUUCAGGAGGUGGUUGAGUUCUUGAGCCGGACAAAGGCGACAGAUCAGUACAGGACUCAUCGGUUGAGGGAGACUCUGAUCACUUUGAAGGCCUUGUAUGAGACAGAAGUGGAUGCUAUGAGAUUUGAAGGGUUGCUUGAUGAGGCUCUGCUGAAUCUGCAGGAUGAGUAUGAGAGUAUAUUGCAGCAGAUUAGGCAUCAAAAGAUAGCGGAACAAUCUCCAGCUGCAGAUAAGGGUGAUGAAGGUGAUGAUCAGAUGGUGAUCAUGGGAUCUAAAUUGGGAACUGAGUUGGAGAUUGAAAUUCUUAAACGGAUUUCACAAAUCCUAGCUGCAGAAGAUUGUUUGGAUAUAUGCAUCGAUAUUUAUGUUAAGGUGAGAUACAGAAGAGUAGCCAAAGCACUUAUGCGGCUGAACCCAGAGUACUUAAGAACUCAUGCUCCAGAAGAAAUAGAUGAAAUGGCAUGGGAAGAUUUAGAGACGGCAAUAACCCUUUGGAUCCAACACUUCGAACUCGCAGUGAAAGCAGUUCUUGUAUCAGAGAAGAUAUUCUGCGAACAAGUACUGGGAGGCAUAAUGGAUGGGCUGAUCUGGCCAGAAUGCUUUGUGAAAAUCGCAGACAAAAUCAUGGCAGUGUUCUUCAGAUUCGGCGAAGGCGUAGCCCGGAGCAGCAAAGAGCCACAGAAGUUGUUCAAGCUGCUAGACAUGUUCCAGUCCUUAGAGAAACUGAAGCCUGCAUUCUCUCUAGUCUUUGAUGGUGAAUCAGGGAAUGGCAUUUGCAUUCGAUUCAGAGAACUCGAGAAGCUUCUAAUACAUGCUUCGAGUAAGGUUUUUUGGGAGUUUGGGCUUCAAAUUGAAGGAAAUUCAGACGGAGUAGUACCUCCCCCACAAGAUGCCUCAGUCCCCAAAAUGGUAAGAUACGCUGUGAAUUACUUGAAGUACUUAGCAACAGAGGAUUACUCUAUUCCUAUGGCCAAAGUCCUCAGAACAGAGCAGAUUUGGAAAGCUGGGAUUCUAUCCAGACAAGAAUCCGACGAGAAUCUUCUCCGGGACGCCGUUUCGAACAUCAUGGAAGCUCUGCAGAGGAAUGUAGAAGCGAAACGAUCGAGUUACAAGGCCGAUAAGAUGGCCAUGCCCCAUGUCUUUGCAAUGAACACGUACUGGUACAUUUACAUGAGGACCAAGAACACAGAGCUAGGGAAGCUCUUGGGAGACCAAUACAUGAAGAAAAACUACAAAGUGAUAGCAGAGGAAUCAGCUUACAUGUACCAGAAGACGGUUUGGGCUCCGCUGGUUAGGGUUUUGGAGAAAGAUUCAGAUUUGGAGCUUGAGAGUAAGGAAGCAAUGGUGGGACUGAUCAAGGCGAAAAUGGAGGAGUUUAUCAAGGACUUGGAUGAUGUGUCGAAGAGGCACAAAGGGUAUUACAGUAUUCCUGAUGCGGAUCUGAAGGAGCAGAUUAUAUUGGCGACGGUGAAGCUUGUGGUUCCGGCGUACAGUGAGUUCUUGAACGCGUUCUCGGUCUUGUUGCCGGGGAAGUCGUCGUAUUUGAGCCCUGAGUCGGUUCAGGAGUUGCUGCGUCAGAUAUUUGAGGGUGGAGAGGCCAAGCAUAAGAGGCGUGGGUCUAGGGAUCGGACGGCGGGAGGGAGCUCCGCGGUGGACGGCGGAGUUGACUUCCGACGAACUAGAUCAAAUACUAGUGAAAUGUGA